GGGAAUGUCACAGAAUUCUUGUGAGGAUUUAUCCAUUAAAUUCAUUUUUUCUCUCCCUCUAAAGAUCCUCAAUGUUUUGUUAGCAAAAAUGGUGUAAUGCAUCAAAUAUGUAAUCAAUACAUGUUUCUGAUUGUUCCAAUGUGUAGAUUGACUACCUGUAGAAGCAAUGGCUGCUUGACUAUGGCUGACACACAAGUGCAUCGAUCUGAUACCCAUGCCUCCACCAUCCUCAAUGGACUCAAUAGACUGCGUAAAGAUCACAUCUUCUGCGAUGUCCAGCUCCAGGUUGGUUCACAGUUAUUCCAGGCCCAUCGAUUGGUCCUAUCAGCUUGUAGUCCGUACUUUGACGCCUUGCUUACAAGUGGGCUGAGCGAGACUCAUCAAGAUGUCAUCAACAUACAGGGGGUGCAACCAAACAUCUUUGAGCACUUGCUGGGAUUCAUAUACACAGGUCACCUUGAUGUUACUACAAGCAAUGCCCAAGGGUUGCUGUUUGCAGCUGACAUGUUUCAACUCAAUGAAAUCAAACAAAUUUCUGCAUCUUUUCUCAAACUUCAGUUACAUUCUUCCAAUUGUCUUGGUUUUUUAAGGUUUUCGCAGGCCUUAACUUGCCCAGAGCUUAGUACAGCAAGCAGAGCUUACAUACACUCUAAGAUUAGUGAGGUCAAAGGUGAAGAAGAGUUCUUUGACCUUGAUGUAGAAACACUGAUUGAGAUCCUUCAGAGUGAGGACCUACGAGUGGACAAUGAAUAUGAAGUCUUUGAAGCAGCAAUGAACUGGAUAUCACAUGAUCCACCGAACCGACGGAAACAUUUGGUGAGGGUUCUUGAGCCAGUAAGGAUACCGAUCAUCCAACCUGCUCAACUCUUCAGGUACGUUGAGGAAUGUAAGGAUCUUAGCUUGAGGAUUGCAACGGGAAAGCUCCUCCAGGAUUACCAUCCAAGAAGAAAGUCUCAGGCAUCGACCAAAGUCUCACAUGCUAAGUCUCUAUUGCCUUCAAAGUAUUACCAGCCUCGUAAAAGCUCCAGGAAGCGUUUGCUUGUGAUGGGUGGCUACUGCAAGAAGAACAGUGAAGGGUGGUCAGGAUGGGGCAACACAACAACCCUUAGUGAUGUGGAACUUUAUGAUUCGUUUGAUCAAACAUGGCAUCCCUUUCCUGCUAUGCAGCAGCCACGUAGCGGGUUCGGUGCGGCUGUAAUUGGUGGAACUGUCUAUGCCAUAGGUGGUGAGCAUGAGUCUCUACUCUCACAGAAUGUGGAAAAGUAUGAUGCGGUGGAGAAUUGUUGGACGAAGAUGUCACCCCUUCUAUGCCCCAGGAGCUCUCAUGGAGUGUGUGUGGUAGAUAAUAAGAUCUAUGUAUUUGGAGGCUGGGUUGGUCUAGAGAUGGGAGCUGACAUUGAGAGAUGUGACCCUGACGAUGAUGUAUGGACAGUCCAUGAUAGGCUAGCAUCCCUUAGAAGCAACUUUGGUGUGGUUUCUCAUGAAGGUCUGGUAUACCUUGCCGGUGGGGCUUCUGAUACUGGUACAGAACUGAGGCUUGUGGAGAGCUACAAUCCUGUUAUCAAAGAAUGGACUCAGCUUGCUAGCAUGCGUACAAGACGAUCACAGUGUGCAAUGGCUGUAUUAGACGAUGCCCUCUAUGUUGUAGGAGGGUACAACUCAUCAAAGAAUGUCCUAUCAUCGGUUGAAAGGUACUCUUUAUUAGAGGACAAGUGGAUUAAAGUGAAGUCCAUGAUAAUGCCUAGAGCAUGUGCUGGAGUGGCUGUAGCGCAUGGUAAACUUUAUGUGGUAGGCGGCAAAGGAUCAAGUAGACCAAAUACUGCCCCACCUACAUUGGACACUAUGGAGUGCUAUGACCCUGAGACUGACAUCUGGAUUGACCUUGGUCGAAUGACUGUAGGUCGUUGUGAGGCAGCUGUAGCAGUACUGUGACCCUGAGACUGACAUCUGGAUUGACCUUGGUCGAAUGACUGUAGGUCGUUGUGAGGCAGCUGUAGCAGUACUGUGACCCCGAGACUGAAAUCUGGAUUGAUCUUGGUCGAAUGACUGUAGGUCGUUGUGAGGCAGCUGUAGCAGUACUGUGACCCUGAGAUGGACAUCUGGAUUGACCUAGGUCAAAUGACUGUAGGUCGUUGUGAGGCAGCUGUAGCAGUACUGUGACCCCGAGACUGACAUCUGGAUUGACCUUAGUCGAAUGACUGUGGGUAGUGUGAGGCAGCUGUAGCAGUACUGUGACCCCGAGACUGACAUCUGGAUUGACCUAGGUCGAAUGACUGUAGGUCGUUGUGAGGCAGCUGUAGCAGUACUGGGACCCUGAGACUGACAUCUGGAUUGACCAAGGUCGAAUCACUGUAGGUCGUUGUGAGGCAGCUGUAUCAGUACUGUGACACUGAGACUGACACCUGGGUUCUGAUUUAUUUCGUUAUUCCACUCCGAUCAAUCCAUUAUAGAUCAUUUUUGUAUGAAUAUGAUGAAAUGCCACAUGAAGCACAACAAGAUAUUCUAUUAGUUUAUCAACUGCCUGUUUUUUUUUUUUUUACCUAUUUCAAUGUCCAAAAGCUUUUGUUGCAUUCCUAUCUAGGUGGGAAUUGUCAAAUGUUUGAUUUGAUUUGAUUAAUUCAUUAUUGAAUUCUUUAUCAUUUCAUAAAUCAUAUAUUUUCAUGCACAUGGAUUUGAAUUUGAUGUUCAAUUUUUCCAAUACAGUACGAUGCAAGUAGGGUUUAGAAGUCUCAGUUUGACUGUUCCCUGCUGCAAGUAACUGCUCUUAUGGCCCAUGCCUAUAGAUUUAUGACAAUACAGUGCAUCCCAGAAAAAACGAAACCGAGAAUUAUCAAUGUUUUAUCAUAACUUAAUCACAUUCAUAAUUAAUA